CUCUGCUCUCCUCUCCUCUCCUCACUUGAGCUCUGAUCGCGAGCCUCAGUAACUUUCUACAGCGAGAGGGAUGCAGCGCGCGCUCAGCGCAGCCUGAAAAUGGCAACCCUUUGGAUUUAUCCGUCCCUUCUUUUCUUUCUUUUCCUUCUUUUCCCCUCCCUCACACCGAGUCAAGCCUUACGGAAUUACCCAGAGAAUGAAGUUACAUUGCUGGACACUAUGUCUGCUCUGGGAGACCUUGGCUGGGAGGCCUAUCCAGCUGAAGGGUGGGAGGAAAUCAGUGUGAUGGAUGAGAGGAACACUCCCAUGCGCUCCUACCAGGUGUGUAAUGUGAUGGAGGCUAAUCAGAACAACUGGCUACGCACACGCCACAUCCCACGAGAUGGAGCGCAGCGCGUCUACAUCGAGAUUAAGUUCACCCUGCGUGACUGCAACAGUCUGCCUGGAGUCCCUGGCACCUGCAAAGAAACUUUCAAUAUGUACUACUACGAGUCCAACAACCCCAACCUGUGGUUUAUCAAAGAGAGCCAGUACAUAAAGAUCGACACUAUCGCGGCCGAUGAGAGUUUCACGCAGACAGAUGUGGGUGAUCGCGUUAUGAAACUAAACACAGAAGUGAGGGACAUCAGUAACUUGAGCAAGAAGGGUUUCUACUUGGCUUUUCAAGAUGUUGGAGCCUGCAUCGCUUUGGUGUCCCUGAGGGUCUUCUAUAAGAAGUGUCCUCUUGCCGUUCUGAACUUGGCCCAGUUUCCCGACACGGUGACAGGAGGAGAUUCGGCUUUGGUGGAGGUUAGGGGAUCUUGUGUGAAUGACUCGGAGGAGUUUGAGGCGCCGAGGAUGUACUGCAGUGGAGAUGGUGGAUGGCUGGUGCCCAUUGGACGCUGCGUCUGCAAGCCAGGCUUUGAGGAGAAUAAGGACUACUGUCAGCCCUGCAGGCCAGGCACCUACAAGGCCUCUUCCAUGGAUGCCUACUGCACCAAGUGUCCUCCUCAUAGUUUCUCCCAUCAGGAGAAAGCCUCCGAGUGCUCCUGCGAGAAGGGAUUUUACAGAGCUGACAUGGACCCGCGGUCAAUGGCCUGCACCCGGCCUCCGUCUGCAGCCGAGAACCCUAUCUCCACCCUGAACGACACCACUGUGACUUUAGAGUGGAGUCCUCCCAGAGACAGCGGCGGCCGAGGGGACGUCACCUACAACGUCCACUGCAGGAAGUGCGCCAACGACGGCAAAACAUGCAGCCCCUGCAGCAACAGUGUCCAUUUUGUACCUAGACAGUUUGGUCUCUCGAUCCCUAAAGUGUUGAUCACGGACCUGCUGUCCAACACCAACUACACCUUCAGCAUAGAGGCGGUGAACGGAGUGUCCGAUCUGAGCCCGACCCCUAAACAACAAGUCACUGUCAACAUCACCACCAGUCAGACAGUGAAUGUGAUCCUGAAGGAGAGAAAGAGUAAAGACAGUAUCACACUGGCCUGGCAGGGACCCGACAGACCAAACGGAGUCAUAGUGGAAUAUGAAGUCAUUUACUAUGAGAAGAACCAAAGAGACCAGAACUACACGGUUCUGAAGACCAAAGCCCACACAAUGACAGUGGAGGGGCUGAAGCCGGGCACCACCUAUGUGUUCAGAGUGAGGGCACGCACUGAUGGAGGCUAUGGCAACUACGGUGGAGAGAUAGAGCUGGAGACCAGUCAUGAGGAUAUGCUGGCCAUUGGGGACCCUAACCAGUCCACAAUCCUUGCGGUGUCCAUAGCCGGAGGCAUUGUGCUCCUUAUCUUCCUGGUGGCGUGUUUUGUAGUGAGCGGACGACAUUGUGGCUACAUUAAAGCGAAGCAAGAUCCAGAUGAAGAAAAAAUGCAGUUUCAGAACGGGAGAGUGAAACUGCCAGGAAGCAGGACGUAUAUUCACCCCCAUACUUACGAGGACCCAAAUCAAGCUGUCCGAGAUUUUGCCAAGGAAAUCGAUGCCUCCACUAUACGUAUAGAGAGAGUUAUAGGUGCAGGUGAGUUUGGUGAGGUUUGCAGUGGCCGUCUGAAGCUCCCCAGCAAGAGAGAAAUAUACGUGGCCAUCAAAAGUCUGAAAGCAGGAUACUCAGAGAAGCAGAGGCGGGACUUCCUGAGCGAGGCCAGCAUCAUGGGCCAAUUCGACCACCCCAACAUCAUCAGACUGGAGGGAGUCGUUACCAGAUGCAAGCCUGUGAUGAUUAUUACAGAGUACAUGGAGAAUGGAUCGUUGGAUACUUUCCUGAAGAAACACGAUGGGCAGUUCACGGUCAUUCAGCUGGUGGGGAUGAUGCGUGGAAUCGCUUCAGGAAUGAAGUAUCUGUCUGACAUGAGCUACGUCCACCGUGACCUGGCAGCACGCAACAUCCUGGUGAACAGCAACCUGGUGUGCAAAGUGUCCGACUUCGGCCUAUCCAGAGUGCUGGAGGACGACCCUGAAGCUGCAUACACCACACGGGGCGGAAAGAUUCCCAUUCGAUGGACGGCCCCUGAGGCAAUAGCAUACAGGAAGUUCACCUCAGCAAGUGACAUUUGGAGUUACGGCAUCGUAAUGUGGGAGGUGAUCUCAUAUGGAGAGCGGCCUUAUUGGGAGAUGUCUAAUCAAGACGUGAUUAAAGCUAUAGAUGAGGGUUACAGGCUGCCCGCUCCGAUGGACUGUCCUGUUGUCCUCCACCAGCUGAUGCUGGACUGCUGGGAGAAGAGCAGAAGCGAACGGCCCAAAUUUGGGCAGAUCGUCAACACUCUUGACAAACUGAUCCGCAACCCCAACAGUCUGAAAGAGCUCGCCAACAGCUCAGUCUGGGAAGACCCCACCACCCCAGAGUUCAGUGUGAGCACGGUGGAUGAAUGGCUGGAUGCUAGCAAUAUGGGCCAGUACAAAGACAACUUUGCCAGCGCAGGCUACGUAUCUCUAGACUCCAUACUGUACAUCAGCUUGUGUGAGUUAAGCAAGAUGGGCGUGACUCUGGUCGGGCACCAAAAGAAGAUUCUCUCAGCCGUCCAAAGUUUGCACGCACAGGGGACACACGUGCAAGUAUAACAAGCCUUCAAGACCGUACAGACUGAGAGAGUUACCAACUGCUCCCACCACAGUCCCUAUCAGCAGCUUCACCCUACAGAUCCCACCCUGGAUGUUUCCGCAAACGACCCUUUUGUCAGCACUCUGGCUUCCGUAAAUGCACGCCCGGGCUUCCUACAGGCAGAGGAACACACCGAGACCGAUCUACAAUCACUUGACAAGGCCACGGCAAAUCAGAUAUGAAGUAUGGUUAUUAAACAAAAAAGGAACAAUAACACAUUAGGGAGAAUUCACAGCUUGUGUUUUACAGUUUCUACAUUUGCAUUUCAUAUUUGACGUUUUGCGUAUCAGAGGGCGGACUGUUAUUCUUAAAAGGAGGGUUGUUGUUUUGUUUUUCUCACAUCUGUGUUUGGAAUAUCAGUCUGUCCUUCUACAUCACUUAUAAGCCACAGUAAAAUAUCAGAUGUUUAUAGUAUAUUUAUUUUGUCAUAAUUGAGGCAGCGUUUGAGCACAGAUGGAUUCAAGUCCCAGUAUUCAGACGAAAAGACGACAGAGGUUUGCGUUCCACAAGCAAAGAUUGCCAGAAACAUCUGCGACGACAAAGGCUGUGCCUUGCACAGGACGACAAGAUAAGCUGAGAAAUAAUUGCUCUUCACUCAUCGCCGUGUUGCAAGCAUUUGAAUAAGAAACCGUUUGACUUCUCAAACACACUUCCAGAAAAUAGAAAUGUGAUUUCUGUCCAUUCGCUGCACAGAUAUGCCAACGUGUUGUACCACUGCAAGGUUUGUGCCCGUCAGAUCAAGCAAAGACAACUUCGAAAGGUCAUUUUCGUCAUUACGAAGUUCGCAUUGUCUUUACGUUUACACUCGUAGUGCGUGACGACCAUUGUACUAUAGUGUAUAAAAUGUACAGUGAUUUAAAAAAAAAAGAUGAAAAAAACGAAAAACACGAAAAACUAGAAUGUUUGUAAUGAUGUACUUUUCUUUAGUAUGAAGAGGAGGAAGUGGCCGUUAUCAGCGUCGUUUGCCGAUGUGCGAUAAUAACUCAUCUUUGGAAUGUAGCAUGGAUCCUAAGCUUCAUCUUUGAUUGACAGGUGACAGUGACUGCAGUUUUUUCACUCAAGUGGUGCCCUUAGCUGCUUGACUUUAGAUGCCUUAUUAACUGUGCAGUUCUCUCUCUUUUUCUCGUCCUCCCCUUAGAAACGAUAUCAUGAAGUUUAAUGUAUAUAGUAUUUAUCAUUGCGUCACUGAAAAGCUGGAGCUCGAUGUUAAAGCCAGGCUCGACGUGUUGUUUUAGUCUGCUGUUUGUGGAAACGCGUUCGAUCUGUGUGGAACAGGGACGGAGACUCUAUUGGGCCGAACUAAAUUCCUCAUGCUAACUUUACCGAGACUGAUUUGCUGCACUGUAUAUUUUUGUACUAGUGAGGUUGUUCUGUAAAGUAGAAGUCUACCUUUUAUUUAAAUAUAUAUGAGACAUAAAUACAGGAACGGAUGGAAAUGAGAGAUAAUCAUACUUCAAAUCAUGAUUCCCUGACGUCAUUUCACAUUUUGAUUUAUUUUAUGUCACUGAUUGUUUCGAUGCUUCAGCACAACACUGUAACUAAUCGCAAAAACUUGCACGAAAUCUGUAGGGGUUUUUCUUCCACAUUCUGCAGAAUUUUGCUGAAAGGAUUUGAAUAUGCUAAAACAUCUUUAUUCAAAACUCAUUUAAAUUGGAAUUAUAAUGAGUACAAAUAAAUAAAUCAAAUGUCAGAAGUCUGUCGAUUCCGCAGAUUCCGUGUGGGUUUAACUAAGCACACAUAACCACACUUCCUUUCGUCAAUUUUUAAGGAAAAUCCAUCAUCAUCUGUUAUUAGAGAAUGUAUAACUGGAUACUUUUCAUAAAAGGCGAAAAUCCUGAAAAUUACACCUCAAACCAUGUUUAAAAUGGUCACAUAUUUAGUUCCCCAAAUUAAAAUGGCAUAAACAACAAUACAUUAAAAAAUAUAUAAAUUAUACUGAUAAAUGCAAGGAUCACUGCUAUUGCACUUUUCUUUCGUUUUUUUUUUUUCUUUUUUCCCAUGCAUAUUUUAACGAGAGAGAAGAAAAACACUUCCUUAAACAAGUGAUUAUGCAUUUAGAUUAAUUAAUUUGUUCUAUCCUGCGAUUGUUAAUGAACCUUAUACACUAAAUCUGAGAUUUCAAUAUGUAAAGUAAUUGCAGAAGGCCAGAAACUCAUCCAUUUUUAUGCUCAUUUUUCAAUCCAAAAUUAAAUCCAUUCAGCUCCGUCUGCAGGGAGGCAAUAUACUGAUGUGGCAAAAUUGCAUUGAAAUAAAAACAUGAUGGUGAUGGUGAUGAUAAUGGCAAUAUUAAUGACCAUUAAUAAAACAUAAGCUCCAGUUUUUACUACUGCAACAUAAAACUUCCAGUUUUGCAAAUACAGCUAAGUAAAGAAUUCUAUCUAUAUAUCUGCUCUCCAAAUGGAUCAAAGCAGGUGGUUGUGUGACCAAACAGUGUUAGUGACAGGAUGUGGAAUGUUGUUAAUAUGAUAGAAGAUGAUAGAUGAAUCUUGCUUAUAAAUUGUCUAUCGAGUUGUUGUCUUUUGUUCUGCCCCGGCUCUGUACAUGUGUUUGGGCUGAUCCUUUGUGAAUGAUCUCUGUUCUUUUGUAAGCUAUGUGCCCAUCUCUCCACACACUGCAGGUCUCUAUGAGCUCGCAAAAAAGGGUGUAUGCAUUGAGAUUCUUCAUGUCGCUGUAAUAAAUGCUAAUAUUUUUAAUUUCUCACCUGAAGCUUUGGCAUCUCUUUUCCUUCUUCUCUAAAUGCACUUAUGGUUCUUUAUCACACACACACACACACACACACACACACACAAAAAGCCUGAAAAAAAAACAUUUUUAGAAAGUCUUGCAUACCAAAAUAUUAGAAUCAAAUUAUGACCAAAUUUCAGAUUUCGUGAUGCAUGGGAUUUCGUAAAUAACCGAAUAGUUAGAUAUAAAUGAAAUAUGAA